UGGCCCUGUGUGCCUAUCCGGGAUGUCGAUUCAUUGGGAGUGAGGGAGAGACGGACAAACUUUGACUUGAUAGCCACCCAACGUUUGUCCAAAGCUCUCCCACUGAUCAACAUGCUUCUGUGAUCGGAUUUGAUGCUGAAGCCACUCUGUCUCAUUGGGGCAUGGCAUUGCCAGCCUUCGUGCAUACAAGCAACAGUGCCAACAAGCACUACCAUGCCGUUCGUCCUCGGGCCACGCUGGCAUACCGUCAAUCCAGUCCUAAGCAUCAAUCUACGACUGGCUGCAUUUGUUCACUCGUCACGGUGUUGGUGUAAAAACCAACUUGCAGGACACAUAACUCGAUUGAGGCCGUCUAUUGACCGCCACAACGUCAACCUUGUUGAAUCGGCAAGUGCUCAUAUUCACGCCCCAAUCAAGUCUCUGAACACCCCCGCGAUUCCUCCUCGAGCUGCUCUCGGCUUCUUGCACAUGCAAGUUCGCUCCAUGGUGGGGCAGCGGCGCCGCUAUCACGACUUCCGACUCGACAGUAUUGCAUGUCUAUAGUUUUGAAGAUUCGCUUCUGCAGGUGUUUGUUGGCUUGGGUAACUCGUAGUCUUGGGCUGCAGGUUGGCGACCUAUCUGCUCCGAUCUAGCUGCCGCCAUAUAAAGUUAAUCACAGCCUAUCGAGCUUUCCUCCUCCUCUUUUCCCCCCUUCAUCCUUUUGCAGUCACCUCUGGCAACAUCUUGACCAGUCGAGCUGAACCGUCUUGUGCUCUUUCAACCUCGCAUAAUUCGCACCAACAGCA